GAACCGGCUGUGAAACGUAGAAUUUUUGUCUCAAAAGAGUUUAAGAAAAAUAUAAAACAAUAGUAAAAAUGCUAGCAAAUACUGCAGCUGGUAGUGUACCUGACAAGGCGUGGCAGCCACAUUUUGUGACAUUGGAAACAUCCAUGGGCGAAAUAACCGUGGAACUGUACUGGAAACAUGCACCAAACACAUGCUACAACUUUGCAGAGUUAUCGCGUCGAGGCUACUACAACAACGUGGUGUUUCACCGCAUCAUUCGUGACUUUAUGAUACAAGGUGGGGAUCCCACGGGCACUGGACGCGGUGGAGCAUCCGUUUAUGGCACAGAGUUUGCGGACGAGCUGCACAGCGAUUUGAAGCACACCGGUGCCGGAAUACUUUCAAUGGCUAACUCAGGUCCAGAUACGAACGGAUCACAGUUCUUUAUCACAUUGGCGCCCACACAAUGGCUGGACAACAAGCACACCAUUUUUGGUCGUGUCUACACCGGCAUGGAGGUGGUCAAGCGAAUUGGUAUGGUGGAAACUGAUAAGAAUGAUCGACCCGUCGAUCCCCUGCGAAUAAUCAAAGCUAAGGUUGAGAAACUGUAAGCGUAUUGAAAUUAAAUCUAAUUUUUAAAAUAGACAUUUUAUUAACAAAUUUGAUAAUAAAUAUUAGCUAGUAA